UCAUUCAGGGAUCUCAUGCUUUGACGAGCGUGAUCUCCACCUUUCGGGCUUUCGUGAGCGCUGCAUUUAAAGACCUGUGCCUCAACAAAUCCUGACGGCAAUACUGAGCUCAUCCCUGGAGGCUUACUUGAACAAGGAUUACACAGAUUCUUCAGGACUAAACCCCCACCAUGAAGGUACUUUUACUACUCGCCCUACUAACGUUAUGUAAUGCAAAGCCAUACAAACAUAUCAACGUCAUGGAGUUCAUGAAGCAUCAUGACAUCAUGCAACAAGACGCGGGUGAUUUUGAUGAUGAUGAUGACGACGACGAUGACGACGAUAAAGAUUAUGAUGAUUACGAUGAUAAUUUUGUUACGGACUGUCCUGAAGGAUGUCGGUGCUCAAAGAAGGUUCUCCAGUGCUCAGAUCAGGGUCUGACCAAAGUGCCAAAGGACAUUCCUGCAAACACGUUGCUCCUCGACCUUCAAAAUAAUGACAUCACGGAAAUUAAGGAAGAUGAUUUCAAAGGCCUGGAUAAUCUCUAUGCCUUGUUUCUGCUCAAUAACCAGAUAUCCAAAAUUCAUCCAAAGGCCUUCCGCAACAUGAACAAGCUCAAGAUUCUCCACCUGUCAUACAACUUGCUGACGCAAAUGCCAGAGAAUCUUCCUAUAAGUGUUCAAUCAUUGCGACUGCACGACAACAAGAUCAGCAGACUUCCAAAAGGAGCGUUUAAGGGAAUGCAUGACUUGAAUGUUUUAGAACUGAGUGCAAAUCCAAUUACAAACAGUGGGAUUGAUGUUGGAGCUUUUGAUGACAUGGCAACCCUUUACUUAAGAAUAGCUGAAGCAAAGCUCACAGCCAUCCCUAAAGAUCUUCCAUCUUCCCUCAACGAACUUCACUUGGACUAUAACAAGAUUGCCAAAGUGGAGUCAGAGGACUUCUUGAGAUUAAAAGGUCUACAAAGGCUUUGGCUUGACUUCAAUCAAAUCAAGUACGUAGAGAAUGGAACUUUCGCUGCCACUCCCAAAGUCAGAGAGAUUCAUUUAGACAAUAAUAAACUGAAGAAAAUUCCUCCAGGCCUGAACACCCUGAAAUAUUUACAGGUGAUGUACUUACACGCCAACAGCAUUGGCUACGUUGGAGUAAAUGACUUUUGCCCCUCGAGAACCCGGGCUAAGAAAGCCCUCUACACUAGAAUCAGUUUAUACGCAAACCCAGUGAAAUACUGGGAGAUUCAGCCACCCACCUUCCGCUGCGUUUCCAGCCACAAUUCGGUGCAACUGGGAAACCAUAGAAAGUGAGAGAAAAGCUCUCAUCAUGCCACUGGAGGGCAGCAUUAUAGUAGUCAAGAACUUCAAUGUAAUAAAUUAUCGUUUCAUGUCCACAUGAUGGCGAUGUACAGAAUAUAAUUUAUCCAAAGUCCAAGAGCAUCCGCAGUGGCAACAGACGCAUUACUUGAAUUUGUUGAGAAUUCUGAAGACUCUGAAUUCCCGUAAAGACAGAAUCAGCUAUACUGUGUGCAAUAGUAACAUAGGUUUUCAUAGUUAAUGUUUACAUUUAAAUAUUCUCAAUUUAUAAAUGUUAAAUAACAGCUUCAAUUGCGUUUUCUUUUCAGAUCAGGUGCUAAAUAAUCUUGUCCCAUGUGUUAAAGGUCUACAGGUUUAAAAUAAAUAAACAAGGCCAGUUCGUUUACUGUUCUACUUCAUGUAUUUAGAUGGGCAUUACUCAUUGGUGCUUAUUAACAGUUUAAGUCAUAACAAAUUAUAAUACUGCAUGCUAAAUGUUCAUUAUAUGGUGUUUUAUUCAUUGCCAGUGUUUGGGACAUGGACAUUUUUGUCAGAUCAUUUUUAUCAGUAUCCCUGACAUUCGCAAAACUGUACUUGCAGCAAGUGUUUCCUUAGCCAGCGGUGCUGUGUUUCUUGUUUCCAAUUUCAGAUCUUGUUGUUUUCAGAAAAAUAAAUACAAUUUAAAUAGUAA